CUCUCAUUGUAGACCGUUAAUACUUCUUCUUCUUUCCUUGAAUGAGACGUGAGAUUAAGACUAGAUUUAAGACUGCCUGCUAUACUACCCCCAGAAGACGCUAAACCCUACUAAACCCAGCAGCACCUGGUCAUGCUCACCUGGAAUAGCUCACUCUGCUGGAUGCUCUGCUUGUCUGUGCGCCUGCUUCGUCAUGUUGAAGCCGGCACUGCAAAGCUCACCCUCAACGGCCCGCGGACGCGCGUAGUCCUCGCCCGACACGACCUCCGCCUCAAUUUCACCGCAGUUGUGCCGCGAAACACCACCCACAACAUUCUGCAGUGUUACCGUGAGAAAAAAAGUGUGACGCCCGAGCACAACUUGGAGACCGGUUGGAAGGAGCGGCAUGAACAAGUGGAGGUGGUGCUCUCGCUCAACGACAGCUCGGAUUCCGGGCAGUACCGCUGCACCUUCAGAAAUGCACCCCCUGUGUACCUCUACAUACUGGCACGUGACGAGGGCUUCACGAAGCAGUACCUGUCGGACGACGUCGUCGCCCCCGUGGCCAUCCUGACGGCGCUACUGCUCGUCUUCAGCACGCUGGGGUCCGUCUACAUCUACAAGAGCCAGGCUGCUCUCGAUGGCCAUGGCGACGGUGGCACGAACGUGACCAUGGUCAGGACGAGUCAGGGGGGCGACGCCGGGGGGGCAGCGGUAGAGGACGCAACAGACGACGAGGAGGCCGCCGCCGCCGCCGACAACUCCGUCUACACAACCCUGGAGUCCCGUCCGGCAUCGAUUUAUGAAGUGCUGGAUCCAUCUGCAUCAAACAGCAGGACGCAAUCAAAGAAGAGCAGCAGGAAGAGCUCAAAGAAGAAGGAUGAAGCGGCUCCUGCAGAAGAUGGGAUAUUUGAAUCUGUCUAUGAGAAUCUGUGAUUCUUUUUUUUGUAAUGUCAUCAGUCGUCGUGUGUUGUCUUGUAAAAACAUUUACCUGAGCUGUGUGUGUGUGUGUGUGUGUGUGUGUGUGUGUGUGUGUGUGUGUGUGCGCGCGCGCGCAAGCGGCGCUGGGUUUGUGUCCACUGUGCAGCAGUCUCUUAUGAAGUUAUUGUGAUAAGCCUGUUUUUAAACUGUGAAGAUAAUGUGUCAUCGCGACGCGCUCU